CAGUGGGACCUUCCUGCCUGCAAAGCAGCCGCUCAGCUCCUUCUGCAGCCCUUUUUCCUGCAGACCCCGUGCAGAACCGCACACGUCUCCAUCCUUUCCUCCGUCGGCAAGGAAUGGAGUUGCCAAAGGCCACGACCAGAAAUAUGCAAAGGAAGAGGUGCCAAAGUCUGGGGAGCAACGAAUCCGUCCCCAGAAAGGUGUUCCCAUGGGGUAACUGAGGAGGAUUGGAGAUGAUGUCCAACAAAGCAAUGAUUCAGCAAUGAAACUAUCGCAGAAAGCAGGGGAGAAAAGCAAUUGUGGCAGCGAAGACACACAAAGGAGAAGGGCUUCUCGCUGCCUGGACGCAGUGCUGUUGGUUAACACCUUUUUUCUUCAUCAUCUUUGCACUUUUUUGCUUGCACGCUACGGUCAGGAUGAGGCAGAGCCCCGACGGGGCCCUUUCACACCUUUUAUUUUUAGCACACAGAAGCACAGCGGACAUCUUAGCGUGGAAGAGAAGGGACAGCAAAGAAAUUAAAUGCAUUCAUUAAUAGACAGCGGUAAUUAAAAGUCAAGCCCAUCCCUUCAGCACUCAAACUGCCGAGCCGUCGGCUGGGGAGGAAUCACCAGACAUUGCCUUUCUCCCCCACCCUGAUUACCAGCCAAUGCACUCUGACCCCUAAAAAGCCUCAAUUUGGGGUCUUUGAUUUUUACUGUUUUUUUUAGGCUUUUAUUAUCAGUGAUUUUUCAGUUUCUCACUGCUCGCCCCACAGCUCAGCACUGCGUUGCUCCCUGCUGAACCCGGAGGUGUUUCCACCCCUCAGAGCAGCAACGUGAGGCAUCGGCCAUCGUGCCCCAAAGGAAAGGCUGCAGGGUACCUCUACCCAUAUUUGUGGGGUCUGUGUUUUGUUCUGUUGUCAUUUAAAAGCAAAAACCAAGACAACAAAGCCCAGCCAACGCCAUUUCCUGGCAGUGGACGCAGGCGCAGGCGGGUUGGUGGCAAAGCAAGAAGUUGCUGCGGGACUUUGUCAUUUUGGGGCCGUUCUCGUGAGCUUCUGAGCCAUGGAUGAGGAAAUUACUUAUGCUGAUUUAAGGCAGCAUGCAGGCUGUUUGUCUCCUGCGAAGCAGCAGCACGCUUGGUGGCUCUUCCAGAAGGUCGGUGUGCUGGGGCUGCUGCUGCUGCUGCUGCUGCUGCUGGUGGGGCUCAGCAUGUGGGUCUUUCAGAAAACAACUCCACCCCCAAGCACUGCCCAGCACUGCCCUGAGACCAGCGGGACCAGGGGGAUGCAGCUGAGUGGGAACGCCUCCAUUGAGUAGUUCUUCUGCCAAUCCGCACCAAACAGCUCUGCAGCCCCUGCUGCCUGCCUGCUCUGUCCCCAGUUCUGGAGGCUUUUAGGGGACCGAUGCUACAGGCUUUCCAUGAGAAAGGGGAACUGGACACAAGCUAAAAGGGAGUGUGAAAAUCUGCAGUCUCAGCUGGUGGUGCUCCGGAAGAAGGCAGAGAAGGAUAACCUCAAGGAGAUUGCAGGUGCAGUGAAUCAACCGGUGUGGAUUGGAUUGGAAGUGUCCAAAAACCAAUGGAAAUGGGUGGACAACUCCUCCUUCAACACCGCAGAGUUUGGCAAUCUUGCAUUGAUGGAGAAUCACUGCGGGACCUUCAAGAACACAGAAGUGGAGGACGAUGCCUGUAAUGGUGAACAUGAAUGGAUCUGCCAGAAAGAACCUUUGCAUCUCCAUCCAUAAAGCGUAGGAGGCGGAGGGCAGUGCAGCCCCCCUCCCCGAUGUGUGCCCACCCCAAAAGCCCCAGUCGUUGGGGUGAAGCUCUGCAAUACGGCUCUGCAAGGAAUUUGGGGUGUUCAGACCCCAGCACUGCCAGGCACUGGGGGACAUCGCUGUGUGCGCUCAUGCAAUCAGCUCCUAACCUGUGUUGUUUCCUUCAAUAAAAAAUACUGGGUUGGCUGUUGAGCAGAACGCAUCUGUUUGCCCCAUUCCCGCUGUGCUUCGUUUCCCUUGGCUUCCUGCAAUAGGAAAUCCAUCUUGGAGGGGAUGGGGAUGCAGCCAGGCUCACAGAGGUGACCCUGGGGGAGCAGUGCCAGAUUUGGGGUGAGACCGACGGCAGUGACCACAGAAUCACUCAUUUCUCUGUUCUUGGUGUACAUGGGAGGGGGUUCAGCAGAAGCACUGCCUUGGAUUUCCGAAAAGCCGUCCCAAAAUUUGGGAGAAUCCCUUGGGAGGCACUCCUGAAUGGCAACUGUGGCACAGAGAAGGGGAAAAUUGGGCCAUUGAGAUGCAGAGAGCUGAAAAGUGGAAUUUAUCCAUUGUUUUUUAUGUUCCAUCCUGCAGAUGCAAGGGGAAUGGGAUGAACCGUGAUGGGGUGAUGCCCUUGGGUUGAUGGGGAAGGUUGAGCACAGCCUGGUUUAGUGCACAACAUUCGUGCUCCAAGAUGUAGGACUGGGGCUUUGCU